UUGGUAAUGAGUGGACGGACAUUCUCAAUGCAAUGGCCAACAAUACCAAAUAUGUAUUGAUGGGGUUCAUAUACGUAUUCGUAAUUUCAGGUCUUGUUUUUGAGUACAUGUCUUCAAGAAAAUUGAGUCGGCUAACAGAUCAAAUGAUGAGAAGUUACUUAAGAUCGAAUACUUCACGUUUAAUUAGUGGCGGAAGGUUAUCUAACAUCUCGACCAUAAAAGCAUCGCGACCGCCAAAGCCCUUCGGUACCGUCAACAUUGAUUGGAGUGGUAUCAACAUGACGGCAGUAAACAAUUUGAGGAAAAAAAUUAAGAAAUACUUUGAUGGAAAGUUGACAGUGAUUGUGUACAAGCGAACUACGUCGGUGGAUGAUAUGAUAUUCCAGAAAAAUGUCUCAGAACUAGGAAAAGCAAAUGUUACUGAAUAUCUACCGCACCAGGAUACGUGCGCUUUAAUCGGUAACUCUGGAAUUCUAUUAAACAGUAGUUGUGGACGCGAGAUAGACGCGCACGAUAUUGUGGUUCGUGCAAACUCAGCACCAACAGCUGGCUACGAACGUGACGUGGGGUAUAAAACAAGUUUGAUGAUGUUUAAUCAUGCCUCCUUGCUGGUGGUGAAGAAAUCGAUGAGAAGUAAACCUUUGCCAAAAUCUAUGAACAAAAUGCAGAUGUUCAUGGAUUUCAAUGAUACAAUUGUAUGGUACGCUUUGGCGGCAGGUGGUCUUGGUACAAGUAUAUUGAAGACAGCCUUCAGUAAAUUAGCAAGAGAUAAUAUCAGGGUUGCAUACUCCAUCAACUCACCUAUGACAAUAUCAAAAAGGUUAUGGCAUUUAAGUCUUCCAUCCACUGGACUGAAUAUGAUUUCUUCGAUGAGCUAUUAUUGCGACAAGAUCAGUUUAUACGGUUUCUUUCCUUUCUAUGUCGAUGAACAUGGCCGACGUCUUCAGCAUCAUUAUUACGAACACUUGCAAUAUAACUACACACACAGUCACCAUAAGAUGCCCUACGAGUUUAUUCAACUCACGAAAUUGCGCAAUUCAGGUGUGUUGAGGCUUGUUACAGAUAGGUGUUACUGAUAACGAUAUAUCACCAUUAAUGCCUUACGAGUUUCUCAAUCUCACGAAAUUACGUAAUUAUGGUGUAAUGGUACAGGGAGAUUAAGGUGACC